AUGAAUGCAGCCACUCAAGGCAAACUGAAUGUGAUAGACAAGUAUCUGGCAGAUGGUGGGGAUCCUAAUGUGCACGAUGAGUUGAAGAGGACUGGGCUGCAUCGUGCCGCUCUGGAAGGACACGCCACAGUCGUCAACAGUCUUUUAGAAAGAGGAGCUGACAUCAACUUCAAAGAUCAGCUGGGCUCUGGGGCCAUUCACUGGGCCUGCAGAGGGGGAAGCCUGGAAGUUGUUGAAAUCCUGAAGAGUCACGGUGCCGACCUGAACAUGGGAGAUAAGCUGAACAGCACUCCCCUGCAUGUGGCCACGAGAACAGGCCACAGCACCAUUGUGGAGUACCUGCUGUCCUGUGGUGCCAAAAUCAACCGCAGGGACAGGGAAGGAGACACAGCCCUGCAUGAUGCUGUGCGUCUCAACAGAUACACGAUAGUGAAACUGCUCGUCGAUGCAGGAGCCGACGCCAGAAUAAAGAAUCUCGAGGGAGUGACGGCACUGCAGCAGGUCAAACAGUGGCAGUCUGACAUCAUGGAGACGCUGCAGAGGCUGGAGACGCUGAGGGAGGUGGGACAGAUGCCCCCUGAAACACCUCAAGAGAGGAGGGAAUAA